AUGGAGGACACCCACGAGGGCGGGGCUGCGGCGGCGGCCGGGGCUGCGGCGGCGGCGGCGGCGGGGGCGGCGGGCGGCGCGGCCAAGAUGGCGGCGCUGGAGGCGGAGGAGGAGCCGGCGGAGGAGGACGAGGAGGUGGACGAGGGCGUGGGCGAGGAGGGCGACCACGACGACGAGGCCGAGCGGCAACGCGCGCUGGAGGCCGAGGAGCUGGAGGAGCGGCUGCGACUGGAGGAGGAGGAGGCCCUGCGACUCCAGCGGGAGGAAGAGGAAGCGGAGCGACUGCGGCUGGAGGAGGAAGAGGCGGAGCGGCUGAGACUGGAGGAGGAAGAGGCGGAGCGGCUGAGACUGGAGGAAGAGGAAGCGGAGCGACUUCGACUGGAGGAGGAGGAAGCGGAGCGGUUGAGACUGGAGGAGGAGGAGGAGGCUGAGAGGCUGCGGCUGGAGGAAGAAGAAGCCGAGCGGCUGCGGGUGGAGGAAGAGGAGGCGGAGAGACUUCGGCUGGAGGAGGAAGAAGAAGCGGAGAGACUGCGUCUGGAGGAGGAACAGGCGGAGAGACUAAGGCUGGAGGAAGAGGAGAGACUUCUGGAGGAAGAGAAACUACGCCUCGCUGAAGAGGCGGCGGCGGACGCGGAGGCGGCGGCUGCGGCGGAGGCGGCGGCGGCGGCGGCGCUGGCGGCGACGGAGGCGGCGGGGGCGGAGCGGUGGGAGCGCGAAGAGGGCGAGGGCGUGUCGCCCGAGGGCGACGCGGAGGCGCGCGCGCUGGUGGCCGAGGGCGACCUGGAGAAGCUGGCGGGGUUGGUGCUGGCCGGGCAGGGCCACCGCCUCGUCGGCCUCACCGCCGACGACCCCGAGACGCAGGCCUUCCUCGCCAACGUGCCCUCCUACUUGCCGGUCGACCCGAGCACUAGGCACUUCGCGCUCGCGCGUGCGCGUGCGCAGGCCAAGAUCGGCGCGGUGCACGCGGCGGCGCGCGACGGGCAGCUGCGCGCGCUGCAGGCGGCGCUGGACCGGCGGCGCUUCGCCGUGGCGCGGGACCCGUCGAGCGCACUGCUGUGCACGCCGCUGCACGCGGCCGUGCUGCACGCGCGCGUCGACGUGGCGCGCUACCUGGGCGGCCGCUUCCCGGAGACGCUCAACGCCGGCGACGCCGACGACCGCACGCCGCUGCACUACGCCGCCGCGCUCAACGACAACGGCCACCUCUACAACGUGCUGCUCAACCUCGGCGCCAACCCCACGAUCAAGGACAACGUGAGUCUCCGCCCGCCCGGCGCAACUUUUGGAUCAACACGGUUUUGGCCGGGGUUAAUUCCGCUGCUCAGUCUGGGCGGUGCCCUGCUUCUUCUUGAUCAUCUUCGUGCUUUUGAAUGCAUGUUGCCUCGAAUUCAAAAGCGUCACGUCUCAUAUUCAUUGUCCCACUUUCCUAAUCGCGGGCGGACGGCGGAGUACUACUUGCAGCACCGCGACCGCCUGUCGCACAAGAAGCUGCUGGCGGACUACGGCUCCCCAGAGAGCCUGGCUGACGAGACCUUCGGGGACCAAGGGCAAGGGCGAGUCGGGGUUGAGGCUGCGUUGCGGGCUAAGCGCAAGGCGUGGCGCGCAGUGGAGGGCGGGGACGAGGUGUCGAGCCGGCGCGCCGAGAGCGACCCGGAGGUGCUGGAGACGCUGGAGCGCUGCUGGGAGGUGGUGUCGUCGGGGCCCGCGCCGCCUUCGGGCUACUCGCGGUCGGCGGGAGCGCUGCUGCGCCGCCACCUGCGCCGGCCCGUCUUCGAGCGGCUGCGCGCGCGCCGCACGCGCCACGACCACACGCUGCUCGACGUGCUGUGGCCGGCGGCCAAGCGCCUGCCGCACGAGCCGCCCACCAACGCGCCCGGCGACGACCAGCUCGAGGAGGUCAUCUACCGCAACGGCGGCGUGCUGGCGCCCGACUACGACGCGUGGACGCUGUUCGGCGAGCUGCUGGUGCCGGUGGCGAUGGCGGUGCACGGCGUGGAGGGCGAGCGCCCGGCGCGCACCGCCCCUCGCGCCUGUGGGGCGAACGGCCCCGACGACGACGGGCGGGCCCGACGACGAGGCCACUCCGACAACUCGCUGGGCGCCUGCGCGCGUGACGUGGACCCGACGGCAACUGCCGGCCGGCGCUCACGCUGGCCAGCUGGAGCAGGUGGAGGCGGGAGAUGCGUGACGGCGCUGGACGCGGCGGCGGAGGCAGAGUCAGGCGGUCCGGCGCGCCGGGCGAGUACCACGCGCUGGCCGCGUGCUGGCGGACGUUCGCGCGGUGCGGCCGCGCCUGCGCUGCCGGGCUGCUGGUGUGCCGCUGUCGGACGCCAACGGCGCACUACGACGGGCCUGCCUCAAGCGGCACGCACUGGCCGCACGCGGCGACGCGUGUGCUGUCGCGACGCGGCGGCGGCCGCGUGCCUCAACGUGCAGAGCACGUGCGAGGUGAGCGCAAGCGGUGGGGCGGCGGAGGGAGGCGGCGCGGCGCGUGGGGGAGGCGUUACGACGCGCGUUGGCGCCGGCGAGGCGGACGCGCUGGCCGGCCGGCGGGACGGGCUGCGCUGGCGCUGCGCGACGCCCGCCUGGGCCACUGGGCGCGCGCCCGCGGCGCUGGGAGGCGGCUGCAGCUGGCGGCCGAUCGCGCGCCUGCCGCGCCUUCGCCGGCCGACCGGCCUGGACGACGCUGGCCGCCGCCCGCGGCCUCAACGCGCGCGCCUGCCGCGCCCGCCGCCGCCGUCGAGCUACCCCGCGCGCCACCUUCGGCCGGACGACUGCGCGUCUUCCCGACUUGCUGCGCCGCCGUCGCCAACGUGUGAGUGGAGCGCGCCGCCGGUCGCCGCCGCUCGCCCCCGCCAACGUCCCCGGCCUGCUGGGCGGCCUCUUCAAGAAGAAGCUUACUUCGUUCCUGAAAAGAACAGUCCAACUGAAACAGCAUUUUUCGUGUGCAGCUUUCGCCCUCCACCCGCACCUUCGCUUGGCACCUGCCCGCCGAGCAACCGCCCUCCCCCGGCCGCCUCGUCUUCCUGGCCGGGGGUUCCCCGGCGCGCCGCCCGGCCACGCCUCCCCUCCAGCCGCCGCCGCCGCCGCCGCCGCCACCGCCGCCGCCGCUGCGCCGAGGUCAGUGGGGCGCCGUCGCGGCGCUGCAUGGCCGCUGCACGUGUGCCACCACGUGACCGCCACGUGGCCACCGCGUGGCCACCACGAGUGCUGCCUCUGCAUGGAGUGGCUCCACCGCCGCCGCCCGCCGCCUCCGCCGCCGCCUCCGUCGCCCACUCGGGGCGACUUGCAUGGGCGGGCGAGAGGGCGAGAGGGGCUUGCGGCCAGGGCUCCACAGUGGCCUCCGAGAUUCGCUCGCGAGUGGAGCCCGUGUUUUGGACAGAGGAAGGUCGUUACCUGGCAGCUGCGCUGGGGGACCCCCUCAUCAAAGGGCUGAUGGAGAUCGCGGAGGUGCGCCCCGCCGACCCCAUCGCCUACCUCGCCACCUACCUCUACAACUUCGCCAACAAGAACAAGUCGCGCGUUGGCACGCAGGAGUCUGCGGUGCUGAUCGCCGGGGGCCCCGAGGCG